AUGAUCAGCACAUCGAGUAUCGCUCGGACGAGAGUUAUCGCAUCUACGAGUCGGACCCAAAUUAGGAGUCUGGCAAGUAAGCCUAUAACUGCCAACGAGAAGAAUUUAGUGCCUAUACGGACCAAUCUUCGAGGUUCCGCUUUACUCAAUACCCCUCGUGGCGCAGGUUUUUCCCGGGAAGAAAGACAGAUCUUCGGACUUGAAGGUUUCUUACCUUACGAUGUGCAUUCCUUGGAGAAACAAGCUCUUAGAGCUUACAACCAGCUUCUCAAGCAACCCUCUGUAAUCCUCAAACACGCUUUCCUUGCUUCCCUUCGAGACCAAAAUCAAGUUCUUUUCUACAAGAUCAUGCAAGAUCACUUGAAAGAAUUGCUCGGUGUACUCUAUACUCCUGGUGCUGCCGAAGCUGUCGCAAAUUAUUCCAACCUUUUCAGACGACCUGUCGGUUGUUACAUCUCUUUCCCUAACCAAGACAGUAUGCGAGCUCAAUUGGAAGGUCAUCUAUCAGAUGUCAAUAGAACUGCCGAUGUUGCAUACGAUUCCAAUAACCCUCACGAUGCUAUUGAUUUAGUGGUCGUGACUGAUGCUGAAGCUAUUUUGGGUAUUGGAGAUCAAGGUGUAGGAGGAAUAACAAUCUCAACAUCAAAAGCUGCACUCUACACAUUAGGAGCAGGUAUAAACCCAAAUCGAAUAUUACCAGUGGUCUUAGAUUGUGGAACCGAUAAUCAUGGUUUAUUCUCCGAUUCAUUAUAUAUGGGUUGGAAAAGAACACGAAUUAGAGGUAAAAACUAUGAUAAAUUCGUCGAUCGAUUCAUUCAAAACUGUAGAGAGUUGUUCCCAAAUGCUAUUAUCCAUUUCGAAGAUUUCGGUAUGGCCAACGCAUACAGAUUAAUGGAAAAAUACAAGGAUAUACCUAUGUUCAAUGAUGAUAUUCAAGGUACUGGUGCUGUUGCUUUAGCGGCUUUAAUAGCCGCUAUCAAAGUGUCCGGAGCUCGACUCUCAGAUCAAAGAAUCGUAAUCUACGGAGCUGGUUCCGCAGGAAUGGGUAUCGCAGACCAAAUCAAAGAUGGACUUAUGAUUCUUGAAGGAUUAUCAGAAGAAGAAGCUUCAAGAAGAUUCUGGUGUGUCGACAGAAAUGGUUUACUAGUUGAAAGUAUGGGUAACAAUUUGAGACACGCUCAAUUACCCUAUGCUCGACCAGAUGAGGAAAUCACUCAUUGGGAAAAGACUGAAGAUAAUGAAGGUACCUGGUUGAUGGAUGUCGUGAAAAACGUUAAACCCACUGUACUUAUCGGUACUUCAACCCAUUCUCGAGCGUUCUCAGAGGAGUUGAUCAGAGAGAUGGGCAAACAUGUUGAACGACCUAUCAUUUUCCCCAUGUCCAACCCUACUGCUUUAUGUGAAGUCGACCCAGCAGAUGCACUCGCUUGGACUGAAAACCGGGCUUUGGUAGCUACUGGAUCACCUUUCCCUCCUGUUCAAAUAGGUGAAGGCAAAUCAUAUACCGUCGCCCAAACCAACAACGCGUUAAUCUAUCCUGCACUGGGAUUAGGUGCUAUCCUUGCUCGAUCAAGGACGAUAUCCAAUUCCAUGUUAAUGGCCGGUGUCAAUUCGCUCGCAUCACUUUCACCUGCUUUAUCAAAUCCUGAAGCUUCACUCUUACCUGAUUUAGCAGAUGUUCGAAACGUGUCAGUAGACGUAGCAGCCGCAGUAGUCAGACAAGCUGUAGAAGAUGGAAACGCUCAAGAUGAAAAUACCAUUAAAAUCGUUAAAGGUAAAGGUCCUUUACCAUUAGAAGAGUAUAUCAGGUCGCGAAUGUGGGAUUCAGUGUAUAGACCACUUGAAUUGGUUGAUUAA